GUUGGUUUUCUAUAUAAAUAAAAUAAUUUUUGUUUCGGUAUUUAGUAAUUAUUUAGUCGAAAGCUUAGAUUAUUUUAUGAAAAAAAGACUAAAAUGAAUGAAAAUCUGAAAAUGUCCGUCGCUGUCGUUAACGUCAACGUCAGGCGUCAAAUUCAUUCAAUGGCUGUUUGACAGUUCUAAAUUCCUCCACCUUCAGCCAUUCCGAAUAUAAAAUUGAAGAUUGUACUUCAACUGUUUUGAUUAAAUUUAGCAAAAUGGCAAGUGCAGUCGGCAAGGUACCUUCUCUAAUUGGUUCGGCAAUCGCACAGGCCCGUCCUAAAUUCAACAUCUUCAUGAAAUAUGCGCGAGUGGAACUGGCUCCCCCAAAACUAAGUGAAAUCCCACAAAUCAAAGCGGGCAUUGGCAAACUGUUGACAAGUGCUAAGACUGGUGCGUGGAAGGACCAGACUAUCAAACAGGCUACCCUAAACGCUCUUGUAGGAGCAGAAGUCAUCUUCUGGUUUUAUGUAGGAGAGUGCAUCGGCAAACGUCAUAUUGUGGGUUAUGAUGUUUAGGUUCUGAUUGUAAGCACUAAUUUCGUAGAUAUUAUGUUCAGCAAAAUAAAUUAUUAAAAUCA